AUGAAGUGUAACCAGCUCCUGUCAUGGACCUUCCUGCUUGUGGCCUCCGGCCCGCUGCUGGCCCACCCCAUCACAGAGUCUGCUGAGAUGCCCUACUCAGGACCGGUAUCAGUGGAGGACCGAGGAGUCGGCAGUCUGGAUGAUCUGUCUCUCUCAGAGCAAAGCUACCCUCCACAGGAUGCUGGCCUCAGAUACUCCACUCUGGUGUCUGGGGAGCUCAACAGAGACAGUGUCAGAACGACUGGCCUGCUCCCCAGGGGGAUGAAGAGAGAGGUCUUGCUGGAGAAACAGGCACUCCUAAAUCCUUUCAGCCACUUCCUGGGGAUCCGGAAACAGUUCCGGAAGAGGGGAGGGAAUUCUGAGUGUUUCUGGAAGUACUGUGUCUAA